CUUUUAUUUUUAUUUUUAUUUUCUAACCUUCUAAUCUUAAUCUUUAUAUUUAUUUAACUAUAUAAAUACCCAUUACUACGCCUCACCCCACGCUCUCAACGCCUCUAUCUCUUUCUCUCUCUCUCUCUAUCUCUCUCUUUCUGUGUUUGGUUUUGGAGAUCACGGCGAGGGGAUGAAGAGGUUGAUCAGACGGCUGUCGAAGGUGGCGGACUCGUCGCAGUACAGGCCGCUGAGGGCGGGGAAGGAGGAGGGGGGAGGAGGCGGGGGGAGGCGGAGGAGGGUGCCGGAGGGGCACGUGCCGGUGUACGUGGGGGAGGAGAUGGAGAGGUUCGCGGUGCGGGCGGAGUUGCUGGGCCGGCCGGCCUUCGUGGAGCUCCUCCGACGGUCGGCCCAGGAGUACGGCUACGACCAGCGGGGCGUCCUCCGCAUCCCCUUUCCCGUUCCCCUCUUCCGCCAGGUCCUCUUCUUCCUCGCCUCCGGUGGCGCCGGCGGCGGCGGCGAUCUCACCCUCGAGGAGCUCUUCCUGUCCCUCCCCGACGAGAUCCGGCCCGGUCCGUCUCCCCGUCGUUAGGUGGAGCCCUAGCUUUGGGAUAUGUUUCCCGUUUUGCCCUUUCUUACGACUGGUGUAUUAUUAUGUAAAACCAUCGGUCUGAUGUUUAGAAGGAGGAGGGCGAUUUGGACAUUUUACCUUACUUUUUCUUUUCCUUUUCUUUUUGUAACAUUAGUAGAUAUUUUGAGUGGAACUGGCGGAAUGUAAAAAAAAAAAAAAACUGGGCUCUGGACUUGAUGUUGAGAAAAAAAAAGUGAGAUCAAAUCGCCCCUUUUUUAACUUUAUAAUUAAUGUUAGAAUUUGCAUUACUAACAUAACAUUUUUCAUAUA